AUUAAGAUACUGUGUCAGUUUUCUUACACUCAAGAGAGAUAGGUGGGGCCAUGCAUGAAUAGAAUAAUAUUUUCAGAGGGAAGUUGAUUAAGUUGGUAGAGCGUGGUAGACUGGAGAUUUAAUUAGAGAGUUUAAAUUAAGUUGGCGUUUCGUUUAAUUUCCAAUUUCUAUUUCGUUUUUCCUCUAAUCGAUCAAAUUGAUUGAGAGCUUGAGAUUUUAUUGUAAAUAGAAAUAAUAUAUAAAGAGAGAGAAAAAUACAAAGCAAGUUAAGAGUUAGCAGAGCCGAGGAGGGUGAAGUUGACUGGCGGAGGAGGAAGUCGAGCUGAACUCAGUUUUCCAACCCGAAUUGCAAGGGUAGAGUCGAGUUGAGUCUUUUUCGGAAUGGGUAACUGCUUCUCUAACGACACCGGUGGGAUGUCGGCGGUGGGUGGCACCGCCGGUGCUCACGGAAAUCCGUACGACGGUCCAAACGACGCCGUCGAUUUGUUCCUUAGGAAUCGCGGCUACAACGGCCUCUUCUCUCAGAUCGAGUUAUCGUUUGCUGCAAUAGACUUGCUCGAUCGGGACGUGCUCUCCAAGGAAUGUCAGUCUGUUAUUCAUGAAUUUUAUUUUCUAUAGAGUGAUCCCAUGGUGGUUAUUUAUACAAAAGGAAGAGAUGGAGGACUUUCAGAGCUUGGUCGCACUGAAGUAGUUCUAAAUUCAUUAAAUCCAAAGUGGAUCACAAAACAUAAUAUCACUUAUCAUUUUGAGGUUGUGCAGACUCUGGUGUUUCGUGUGUAUGACGUUGACACUCAGUUUCACAAUGUAGACGUGAAGAUGCUUAGGUUGGAAGAGCAACAAUUUCUUGGUGAGGCAACCUGUGCACUGUCUCAGAUAGUUCCUAAAUCAGACAGGUUAUUAACCCUCGAUCUUGUAUAUAGAGAAGACUCAGAGUCAAGCAGAUCCAAUCGUCAUCGAGACCGUGGAAAGCUCAUCGUGCAUGCUGAGGAAUCUGUUAGCUCAAAGACAACGGUAGAGAUGAGUUUAAGGUGUUCAGAUUUGGAAUACAAGGAUCUCUUCUCAAAAAGUGACCCUUUUUUGAUAAUAUCAAAACUUACGGAGAGUGGGACCGCAAUUCCAGUUUGCAAAACAGAAGUCAUAAAGAAUGAGCUCAAACCCGCAUGGAAACCAAUAUAUUUAAAUAUUCAACAAGUUGGAAGCAAGGAUAGCCCAUUGAUAAUGGAGUGUUUUAAUUUCAAUAACAAUGGCAAGCAUGAUUUGAUUGGCAAAAUUCAGAAAUCACUGGCAGACUUGGAAAAGCUUCAUGCUAUUGGGCAAGGAGAGAAUUUAUUUUUACCAACCACUGUUGGGCAUGAUUACCAAAACAAGAUACUAAAGAGCCAACUAUUUGUGGACAAGUUUACGGAGAGCGUCCAGCACACCUUCCUUGAUUAUUUGGCUGGGGGCUGUGAAUUGAACUUCAUGGUCGCUGUUGAUUUUACAGCUUCAAAUGGAAAUCCUCGCCUGCCUGAUUCUUUGCAUUAUAUAGAUCCUUCAGGACGGCCAAAUGCAUACCAGAAAGCAAUCAUCGAUGUUGUGGAGGUGUUGCAGUUUUAUGAUUCAGACAAGCGCUUUCCUGCCUGGGGAUUUGGAGCCCGACCAAUUGAUGGUCCAGUAAAUCAUUGUUUCAACUUGAAUGGGAGUAGUCAUUACUGUGAGGUUGAAGGAAUCCAAGGAAUCAUGAUGGCAUAUACAAGUGCCCUCCAAAAUGUUUCUCUUGCAGGACCAACUCUUUUUGGACCUGUAAUUACCAAUGCUGCAUUAAAUGCCAGCCAGUCUGUUGCAAAUGGUGGACGAAAAUACUUUGUUUUGUUAAUAAUCACGGAUGGAGUAGUGACAGAUCUCCAAGAAACCAAAGAUGCCCUUGUGAAAGCAUCUGACCUGCCAUUGUCAAUCCUCAUUGUUGGAGUAGGAGGAGCUGACUUCAAAGAAAUGGAGAUUUUGGAUGCUGACAAGGGUGAGAGACUUGAAAGUUCGACUGGACGUGUGGCUUCACGUGAUAUAGUUCAGUUUGUUCCAUUCCGAGAUGUACAAAGUGGAGAAAUUUCUGUUGUUCAGGCACUUCUAGCAGAACUACCUUCUCAAUUUCUGACUUACAUGCGAUCCAGAGACGUCAAACCAAUUUUGUGAUCAUGUAAAGAACUGUACAUAUGAAGAUCAAUAUCAUCCUUUGAUCCUCACGCAGUAUGAGCCUGAAUAUUUUUUGCUGUUUUUUCCCCCUUUUUGGCUGCAUUGAAAUUCAAAUGUGGUUUUAUCAUGAAGAAAAACAAUUCUAUGUUGCAUCAUCACGUUCGAGUUGGGAUGGCUGCAGCUGCACAGUCCUCGUGGCCUUGGUGAGACAGCCCAAUUUAAGUGUCCGCGGCUUUUCUUUACCAGGCUAGGGCUCUACAAUUAGAGGCUCUAAACACGAAGAAGCCAGAGUUUUGGCUUUAGGCGACUGGGUUAUCUUUCAAAAUCAACAAUUGGAGAAAGAUGUGAAGAACAGUUUCAGAAUAGAAAUACAAGUAUUUACAUCUUUUC